AUGUCGACUUUGGUAUGGCCUGCCAUUGCACCGGAGGACCUGAUCAAGGAAGAGGAAGCAUCGCUUGCACGCGAGCUGGAGUGGUUGCUCUCCUCCGUACAGGAAACACUCCGCUCGCUCAAGGAAGGUCUCGAAGACUGCGCAGAAUUGCUCGCUCCGAAAGAGCCUGGCUCGACAUUGGUCUUGUCGUCACAACGAUCCGAAAACCUCAAAGGCUUCAUCACUAGAGUCGGCGCGCGCAUUGUGAAAGGCGAUGUCCAGCUGCGGCUGCCGUCGCUGCCGCCUCCACGAGGCCAAAACAGCUACAAGUUGUCCAUAUCAAAUCUGCCUACCGCGCCGACCAUUGCACUUGAACAGCUAACCACUGCGCGAACACUAAUCAACGCUUGUCUCGAUGUUGUGGACGCGACACGCUGGACAGGCGACAGCAGCAAUGCAGAUUACAUCUCGAGUCAGAUGCGACUCCUGCACGACAACAUCCAGGAAGCAAAGGCUCCACUAAAAGGCUGGACUGAGAGCCAGAAGGCAUGGAACGAGGACCCGCUCGACGAACAUGCGUUCAGCCCUCCGCUACCGAGCAACGUUUCCUUCCACCUCUCCAUCUCCGAAGCAGCUGUGCUUCUCAAUGUGCGCACGCUCGAAGCUGCACAGCCCAACACCGGAACGAACACACUGCUGGGCGCUACGCCUCCGUCAUACAGCGGCUUCUCACUCCGCGAAAGGCUCACCACAGCACUCGGAGGGCCACGACCAGCCUUCCACGAUGAAGCGCACGAGGUCUUCAUGUUCAAAGGACACGAAGUGCGAGUGCGCGACAAGGUGAGGGUGGAAUCACAAGACCCGAGCCUCAUGGCAGCCAUGGCCAAGCUUGGAGCGCUCGAACGGAACGUUGCGCUUUCGAGAAGGGCUCUAGACGUGGUCAUGGGCAGGGAACAGGAGCACGGAUGA